AUGGUUUCGUUUAUACCAGCGGAUAUUAUUAGAAAACUUUUCUUGUUAUUGUUAGAAGAAGACAAGAGGAGCUUGCAUCAAUGUAUAUUUGUUAAUAAGGAAUGGUUUGAGAAUGCUGCACCCUUAUUAUGGAGAAAUCCUUUUAAAGUUCCGUUCAAUGAUAGAGCAAUCGCAAGAUCAUAUUUUGGAUGUCUUCCUGAGGAAUCCAAAUUGGAAAUUCAAACGAAAGGGAUCAACAUCAUACUCCCUUCAUUUAGGCAACCAUUACUUAAUUAUAUUACUUAUUGUCAAGAAAUUCGAUCACAAUCAAUUAAAAAUAUAAGUUCGGAACUCCUUGAUAACAAAUUUGCACCAAACUUUAUAUGGGAAUAUAACUUAAAUCUCGUAGAAAAAGAAUUAUGGAAAUGUUUAUUAGCAGGAUGCGUACUUCGCACUAUUGAUUUACCAAAUUUAUCGUUAACCUAUUUUUCUUAUUCCUUAACGACAUUUUCCAAUUUAAAUGAAUUGGAAUGUUCAAGUAGCAUAUCAACGGAUUUCUUCUUUGAAUUAUCAAUAAUUUGUCAAAAUUUAGAGAAAAUCGUUGUUGAAUUGUUAUAUUGUAGUUACGACAAUGAAGGUUUAGCCACCUUGAUCGCAUUUCAGAAAAGAUUAAAAUCAAUAGAAUUCUCUACAAAGAGCAAUUAUGAUUACAAGAAUUUGGGAAAUGCAUUAGGUACUCAAGCAAAGACUUUAACUCAUUUGAAAUUCUCUGGGGAUAUUUGUGUGAAUUCAGAAUCAUUAAGUCUUUUGACAAAUUUAAAAUGUUUAGAGGUUCGGUUUCAUACCUUUAGAAAUUUGGGAAUUGGCAUAUUACAUUUUGUUACGUUCCCUUGCCUUGAGGACUUGACAAUCAUUUAUCCUUUUGAACAGCCCCUUGAAUUGUAUGUGAAAUUAAUUAAGGGUACCAAAGGUGAAUUGAGAAAGAUAGAUAUAGAUUCAAGUCCUUGGCCUUACAUUGCAACUAAACAAUACGUUCAAUCCAUAUCUAGAUUUUGUCCAAAGCUUGAAUUUGUAAAAAUCUGGUAUGACAAUGAGAGUGAAUUAGAAAAUAUUGAAAAAAUUUUAACUUGUUGUCGGUUAUUGAAAUGCAUUACCAUAGAUUCUCUUUACCAUUAUGGUGAACUGGGUAGAUGUAAUGCUAAAAUUAUCUUUGAUUUAUUGGUUGAAAAAUCUGGUCCUCAUUUAUCUAAAAUUUAUUUUAAUGGUUUGUGGGAUUUCUCUGAAGAUGAAUUGGAAGGAUUUUUAAAUGGUUGGGAAAAGAAAGGUAGAUCACCUUUAUCAAUUUACUUUGAUAUGGAUGAUGUGAUCUUUGAUCAGCAUGUUCACAUCUUUCGAAAAUAUCAUGACUUGGGUGUUUUAUCGUUUUGGGAAUCAUAUCAAUUACAUUCAUAA